AUGUCGGAACUCAGCAAAAACUUCGAGACCCUCCAACUCCACGGCGGACAAGAACCAGACCCUGCCACAAAUGCAAGAGCUGUACCAAUCUAUGCAACAACUAGCUAUGUCUUCAACGACUCAGCCCAUGGCGCCAGGCUGUUCGGCCUCAAGGAGUUUGGCAACAUAUACAGCCGUAUCAUGAACCCUACUGUCGACGUCUUUGAGAAGCGCAUCGCCGCCCUCGAGGGAGGUGUAGCAGCCGUCGCCGCCUCGUCGGGCCAGGCGGCGCAGUUCAUGACCAUCGCCGCCCUGGCCCAGUCGGGAGACAACAUCGUGUCGACGUCCAACCUGUACGGCGGCACCUACAACCAGUUCAAGGUCGCAUUCCCGCGCCUUGGCAUAAGCACCAAGUUUAUCGACGGCGACAACCCCGAGGAGCUGGCGGCUGCCAUCGACGACAAGACCAAGGCCGUGUACGUCGAGAGUAUCGGCAACCCGCGGUACAACAUCCCGGACCUGGAGAAGAUCGCGGAGCUGGCGCAUGCCAAGGGCGUUCCGGUCGUGGUGGACAACACUUUUGGUGCGGGCGGCUACUUCAUCCGGCCCAUUGACCACGGAGCGGAUAUCGUCGUCCACUCGGCGACUAAGUGGAUUGGUGGCCACGGCACCACUAUCGGCGGUAUAAUCGUCGACUCGGGCAAGUUCGACUGGGGCAAGCACGGCAAGCGGUUCCCACAGAUGGUUGAGCCAUCGGACGGAUACCACGGGCUGAAGUUCUGGGAGACCUUCGGUGCCAUCACCUUUAUCAUCCGGGUGCGGGUCGAGGUCCUGCGCGACCUCGGCGCCUGCCUGAACCCCUUCGCCGCGCAGCAGCUGCUGCUGGGCAUCGAGACGCUCUCUCUCCGCGCGGAGCGCCACGCCCAGAACGCGCUGGCGCUGGCGAGGUACCUCGAGAAGAGCCCCUACGUCAGCUGGGUGUCGUACCCGGGCCUCGAGAACCACCCGAGCCACGAGCUGGCCAAGAAGUACCUCAAGAGGGGUGCGGGCGGCGUCCUCAGCUUCGGCGUCAAGGGCGGCGGCAAGGCCGGCAGCCAGAUCGUGGACGGGUUCAAGCUCAUCUCGAACCUGGCCAACGUGGGCGACUCCAAGACGCUCGCGAUCCACCCGUGGACCACGACACAUGAGCAGCUCUCGGACGAGGAGAAGAUUACCUCGGGCACAACUGAGGAUCUCAUCCGCAUCUCGGUGGGUACGGAACACAUUGACGAUAUCAUCGCCGAUUUCGAGCAGUCGUUCGAGGCCGCGUCUGCCGCCACUACCGAGGGCAAGGAAGGUAAGCCCCAGGACAAGGAGCAGGAGGCCGCACCGACAGUUGUCUGA